CAAAAUACUAACAAAACAUAAAUUUAAAAAUGAAUUUUAUUAAUGAAAACGAAGUCGUAACUGAAUUUAAUGAAUUAAAUAUUUCUGAUAAAAAUCCAAAUUCAUCAAAAAUUAAUCAUGAAAAUUGUGAUGACCCAAAUGAUGAAAAAUUUUGGUGUAAAGAAUGUGUUCCUCGUUGCAUAAUUGAAGGAUGGACCAGUGGAAAUGAUGAUAUUGAUAAUCUUAUCAAGGAUACGAUUUAUGAUGCACGUGAGAAAUAUAUUGGUAAUGAUGAAUUUGGCCCAUCAUUUCUUGAAUGGGUUCCAUUUGAUAGAUUUGAAGAUAUGAAACAAAUAGGUGAAGGUGGAUUUGCAAAAGUGUAUUCUGCAACUUGGAUUGAUGGUGAUGCAAAAUACAUUAAACAAGAUGAUGGAAAUUGGAUAAAAGAAGAACCUGAAUCCAUGAAAGUUGCCUUGAAAAGGCUAAAUGGAUCACAGAAUAUGUCAGCUGAUUAUUUAAAUGAGCUUAAAACGCAUUGGAAAUUAAAUUGUUUACAAGAUGAUUCUUUAAAAUUUUAUGGAAUAUCUAAAGACCCAGAAACUGAAGAAAUUAUAAUGAUCAUGCAAUAUGCAGAUGGUGGAAAUUUGAGAAAUAUUCUUUCAAGUAAUUUUAAAAAAACUUUAUGGAAUGGGAAAAUUAGAUAUUUAUCGGAUUCAGCAUUUGACCUUAAAAAUUUACAUGAAUUAGGAUAUUUUCAUAAAGAUUUUCAUAGUGGAAAUAUAUUAAGUAUUGGCGUUAAUUCUUAUAUUUCAGAUUUUGGAUUAUCUAGACCAUCAAAUGAACAGAAAUCAUCAGAUAGUAAUAAAAUAGUUGGUGUGUUGCCAUAUAUUGCUCCAGAAGUUUUAAAUGGAGAACCAUAUACAUUAUCUUCUGACAUUUAUAGCUUUGGUGUAGUUAUGGCUGAAUUAUCAUCUGGAAAACCUCCUUUUUAUAAAAGAAAACAUGAUGGUGGCUUAGCAUUAGAAAUAUGUAAUGGACUCAGACCAGAAUUUGGAAAAGGAACUCCUGAAAUUUAUAAGAAAUUAGCUCAUAGAUGUAUGAAUGCUAAUCCAAAUCAAAGACCAACAGCCAAUGAAUUACACGAAAUAUUAAUUUGUUGGAAUAAUUAUAGUGAUAAUGAAAAAUAUGGUUAUAAAGGAGAAGUAGUUAAAGCUGUAUUUGAAGAAGCUGAUAAAGAAAUACCAAAUAUUUCAACCUCAAAUGAAAAAAAACCUGAUGCUAUUUAUACUAGUAGAGCAUUUACAUUCAGUAAUUUGUCAAAACCUAUUAAUUCAUCUUUUAUUGCUACUACAUAUCUUAAUGAAGAAGAUAAUGAAGGUUGUCAAGAUUCUCAAUUAAUUAACUUAGAAGUUCCUAGCACAUCAAGGUUAGAAGAUGGUGAUAGUAUUAACUAAAUAAUUUUCACUGUAAAUUAUUUCUAAAGAAUCAAUAUAUAUAUGUAUAUUUAUUUAUUUAUUUAUUUUAUAGUUUAAACUACAUUUUUAUCAUAUGAUUUUACAUAAACUACAUUUGAAUACGUUCAAAUUUUAAUAAAAAAAUGGAAUAUUAGCGAUUAUUGGGAUAAGCUACAUAAUUUUUUUUAUUUCAGUAGUGAAGGAAAGGACUGUACUUUUGUGAUUGAUAUACUAGCGUUAUGUUAAAUUAUAAAAGUAUAAUUUUUUUAGAAUAACGAAAAAAUAGAAAAUUAUUAAACUUUAUAAACUCAUUCAUAGUUAUGAUCAGGUAUAUUAAAAUAUUAUAACAGGUUAAUUUUUUUUAUUAUUAACUUCGUCUUUU